AUGAGCCCUUCCAAGCCCUCGGGCGCGCGCUCGCUCCCCACCCCAAAGUCCCAGAACCACCACCACCACCACACCCACCCCAAUACUGACUACAUCUACGACGCCGACCCGCAGGCCUCGACCAACUACAAAGAAGCCUUCUCCCUGUUCGACAAGCGCGGCACCGGUCGCGUGACGCUCGAGUCCCUGGGCGAUCUGCUGCGCGCCUGCGGCCAGAACCCCACGCUCGCCGAGAUCAGAGACCUGGAGAAGGGCAUGGGCGGCGACUUCGACUUCGAUGCCUUUCAGAAAGUCCUCAAUCGCCCCGGCGGCUUCCGCGAUCCCGGCGAGCCUGAGGAGUAUUGUCGUGGCUUCCAGGUUUUUGAUAAGGAUAUGACUGGCUUCAUUGGCGUGGGCCAGCUGCGGUACAUCCUUACGAAUUUGGGUGAAAAGAUGACCGAUGAGGAGGUCGAUGAGCUUCUCAAGGCCGUUGAUACGAGUUCCGGCGAAAUCAACUAUACCGAACUCGUCCGUACAAUCCUCGCCAAUUAA